GUUUCCUAAGGUCUGUAAGUACAACUGCAAGUGGACGAGAGAAGGAAAGCACGUUCCUUCUCGAAAGGUCAUUACUACUCAAACGAAAUUUGGGUGUUGGCCCUCUCUUCUCUUUGCCAAGCUGACAGGGAAUCCCAUUGUCACAAGUCUCACAACUGCGAAAAUUCGAUAGGUCUAUGUCAGAAAAUGAGGCUGCGCUCCGGAUUUUCAGCAUCUUCUCUCGUGUCAAAAAUGCCAAGUCUUGAAUCUGAGGAGAGAAGAAUCGGCUGCCGAUGGCAGCACCUCAUGCUCAGAUGGCAAAAGAUCAGAACCGGUGUCGAAGGAGACACGACGGCUGACGUUUGUCCCGACGGUGUCGUGCACUGCCAAGCGUGCGAAGAGUUUCCAACAUCUCCGACAGCAAUUGGGCCAAGCGCCGAUCGUCGAUCGUCGAGGCCGUCCCAACACGCGAAACGGGCUCGAUUCGUUGCAGUGCGAGUCUCUCGUGGCCCGCAUGGACUCUUCCACUCCAGGCCCGGACGAUUUGUCGAAGGAAGGAUUCUCAGGGCGGCGAAUCCCGAGCUGCUGCGCGGUUGACGUGCCCGCGGAGACGGGCUUAGAAUCUACCAAGUGAAGUGGCCCGGAGCAAAUGCGCGAGGAACGAGGCCGAGUGCAGAUCAGAUGCACCAUCUCGGUCGAGAACGGCAUCAUCGAACUUGUCAUCCUAAAAUUAUUUUCUCAAAAAAUGUAAUCAAUCCCAGUCUCCGGCAUCGUUACAAUCUCGCACAACGAAUCUGACACAGCUCCGAUCACCCAAUGAGCCGCAACGGAGGCUGCGGAAUCGCAAAUCUCGAGAAUGAGAGGGUCGAAGAGGGAAUCGGAAGCGAAUUCGGCAGGUCCACGGCCAACUCGCGAGCGAAGCGCGUGCCGAGGAUUGCCGAGCAGAAACGGUGGCACGAGAGGGAGGAGAUGGCGCAGCAGUAUGUGCACUGCGUCAAGGAUCCGCCGUGCCAGACCUGCUGUCGGUACAACGAGAGGCUCUUCAAGACGAUCUUGGAGUCGAAGCGACCAUUUCCGCCUUACAAGCACAAGAUCACCGAUUUCACUCACUCGAGGCCCAGAUUCCUCUUCGGGCGGCGCGACGAGGGCUGCUGCAGGAAGAGCGACGCCAAAUCAUGCUCGCUUCUGUAUCACGGCCUUCAGGCGUCGGAUGUCACCUCGUGGACGAGGUCCGUGCCUCCGCCGCAUCCCAACCAUCCCGAUGUCGUCAAUGCGCCCAGUCCGUGGUUCGGUCGCGAGCCUUGCGAUGUGACCAAGCCGUCGGAAGCUGCGUCUCGGUGUCCCAGACCGCCCUCGCGAGAUUAUUUCUACGGAAUCGAGGCCUCGGAUGUCACCGCCACCACGAGGCGCGUCCCUCCUGCUGCUGCUGCGCCCAAAGACGAAGCGGAGCGAGGCAGGGAAUUUAUCGGUCGGGCGAGGACUGAUGUCACGAAUUUCAACGCUUUCAUGGAAGGGAUUGGCCACUACGAGAAACCUCCGAUUGGGAAACCUGCGAUUGCGCCCGAUGCCUGCAGAGGGUUUGGACCUCCAGGAAGGCUUCUGAGACCUCGGCUGAACCUGCCAGCCCUGCCAGCGUCGUCACAUCCUCCGCCUCUGGACAAAGGAAGCGCCAAAGGCAACUGGAAAGAAGACGACGAGAAAGCAUUUCUCUCGCGCCAGCCUCCGUCUUCGGAAGCAUCAUGCACGGAUCGCAAUCGAGCUGCUACUGCUGCUGCUGCAGCAGCAGACGAGCCGAAACUGCGCACCGAUUCGUCGGCCGCUGGAACUCCGUGCUCGAUGCCGAUGCCGAAGACGAGCAGCAACACAAAUACGAGUCUGUACUCGCUGUCCAGGCUCUCGGAGGCCGCCAGCAGCAGCAGCAGCUGCUGCGCCGACAGUCCUCGAAUUCUCAAGCGCCCCGUGCUCUCGCCGUGCGACGAGCGCUCGCUGCUGAUGGCGCGCGAUGCGUCGGGCAAGCUCCUGGAGCCGCCGCCUGUCCGGAACGCCUUCUCCGCCAAGCCGCCCAGGCCUCCCACUCGAGCUCUGCCAGCAGCAGCAGCGGCGGCGGCGGCGGCUCCAGAUGCAUCGAGACCAGGGGAGGUGAUCUGCAGGCACCCGCCAUCGAAGCCGUGCAGCUUGAGCUGCUUCGAGCCGUCCCCGUCCCCGUCGUGCAGUCGCAGCUAUGGCGGCACAUCGGGAGCCAGUAAGCUGCCGGACAUUUUUGCUCGAAGGAGCAAAUUCUCGCCGAGGUUUUCGAAGCGCGAGAGCAGCAGGUGCGGGACUCCACUGUGGAAAGCUGGGCCGUCGAAAUCGUCUCCUUUUUUUCUGCCUUCCGCACAUUGUCAAACCUCGAAGCCUCGAGUUCAUGAAGACACUCAUGACAAAGCCAGAUGGAAAUCUGCCAUGGAGAGAGAUGGAUUUCCCUGCGGCCCCCGCAAGCGAAUGCUCGGCAGAGCGGAUUGGAAGCAGAUGGUCAGCCGAGACAUUCUCGCCGGCCGGUAGCACUGCUUCGCCAUAGCCUCGGAUUAGUAUCCCUCGACGGAUGGUCUGGAAGAGUCGAUGUCUGACACUCCUGAACGUGUGGAGAUGAAUCUCAUGAACAGACCGAACGAGGCUGAUUCGGAUGUUCAGCUUCCAGUGGUUCCUAGUCUUGACAGUAUGACCAGUUUUGAUUCUCGACGUAGAGAAUGUGCCACUGCACUUCUUCUUCUUCCACAGUUGCCCGCGGACGCAAUUCGGCUUCCCGUUGAAAAAGGAUCGAGCUUCGUGGGGAGAGACGAUCGCCUGAAUUUUGACGCAUUCAACUUACCAACAUUCAUGACAUUAUAGAACUGAUUUGAAGAUUGAUCUUCACGGAGGUCCCGUCGGAAGAGUUUGUAUAUUCUAGGAUGAUUUGACUGUAGUUUCACUGGAUCUGCAAUCUUAGUCGAUCAGCAAUCUUUGUACUCGAAGUCGCAUCUAGAAUGGACGUGCAGAGCUCAUGAAACGUAUGAUGAGCUCAUUCAAUUGCCACUGAACGGCAAAAUUCAGUAGGCUGCUGUAAAACUGUUCACCAGACCUGAGGACUAACAUGAGAGACUAGUAGUGCAAGUUCUGUACUGUUCCUCAUGGGAACCCUGACGAUUUCAUACCCGUGCAUAGAAAUAUUAAGAGGGGUCUCUGCGUUGUGUGUGAUAAGACUUCUCUCUCUUCUACCCGUGCAAACAGCUUUCUCGUGCUCCUGUAUCUCAGCAUAUCGACCAACGCUGCUCAGAACGAACCCUCCAGUCCUUGCAGCUUUGCAAGGCCUACGAGAAUCUUGGCUGCAGUUUCAGAUGCCUUCAGCCUCGGCCCUCUCUUCAACAUCUCGGAAAUGGUUGGAAUUGCUUCACGGCCACCGUGAUUGGACAUCUCCAACAGCGCAGACACCACACGUCCACGACUGACAAUAUCCUGGCAGGACAUGAUGUUUACCAGCACAGGCGUCGCUUCCAUACCCGUGAUGACUUCGCUGGUUUCCUUCCUUAACUUAGCUAGGCAGUCAAGAACGCCAACAUCUGCCGUUCCGUGUGAGACAACAUCCAUCAACUCUUCUCCUGCAUCCUCAAAACUUCCGGGCGGAUCAUGGUGGCGAGCAUGUAGCACCGUGUGGUCUAGCAAAUGCUUGCAGUUCCUGGUUGGAACCAUCUGCCCUCUACAGCUAACAUCGUAGAUCAACCAAUUCUAUCCACCGCAGCUUGGUCUCCAAGGAGCUGAACCAGAGUUUUACGGGCAGUCAUAAAUCAGUCAUAAAGGCCAAAACCAUGUAGCUUAACGGUUACACGACGUAAUCUAUUCCUGUGUCUGGCAGAGUGGACAGAUUAAAAGAAAUGUUGGGC